AUGGACUCUAGCCAGGCCAGGACUCCCAGUCCACAGGCCAAUGGGAACAUCAACCUGGGGCCUUCAGCCAACCCAAAUGCCGGGCCCACCGACUUCGACUUCCUCAAAGUCAUUGGCAAAGGGAACUAUGGGAAGGUCCUUUUGGCCAAGCGCAAGUCCGAUGGGACAUUCUAUGCUGUGAAGGUGCUACAAAAAAAGUCCAUCUUAAAGAAGAAAGAGCAGAGCCAUAUCAUGGCGGAGCGCAGCGUGCUUCUGAAGAAUGUACAGCACCCCUUCCUCGUGGGCCUGCGCUACUCCUUCCAGACACCUGAGAAGCUCUACUUUGUGCUGGACUAUGCCAACGGGGGAGAGCUCUUCUUCCACUUGCAACGGGAGCGUCGGUUCCUGGAACCGCGGGCCCGGUUCUAUGCCGCAGAGGUAGCCAGCGCCAUUGGCUAUCUGCACUCUCUCAACAUCAUUUACAGGGAUCUGAAACCAGAGAACAUUCUCUUGGACUGCCAGGGCCAUGUGGUGCUGACGGAUUUUGGCCUCUGCAAGGAAGGUGUGGAGCCCGAAGAGACCACAUCCACGUUCUGUGGCACCCCUGAGUACCUGGCUCCUGAAGUGCUUCGCAAGGAGCCUUACGAUCGGGCAGUGGACUGGUGGUGCUUGGGGGCGGUCCUCUAUGAGAUGCUGCAUGGCUUGCCUCCUUGGGUUUCCGAGGCAGUAUCGCUAUGGAAGUAG